UUAUAAUUCUAGAUAUAGAUCAAAUCGUAACGAAACACACUUUCAACAAAUGGACAAAUUGUACAAAGAAAUUCCACAUAAAUUCGAUAUGUAUGCAAAACUCGACGAGGGUACAAGACUGGUCAAGAAAAUUAAGCUACAGAUGUACUUAAAUUAAUCAUAUCUUCAUUCUAGAUAACAAUGCAGUAAUGAUACCUUCCUAGCACUCAUUAAACCUGGGGGACUGUGGUUUUUUGCCUUUCUUCUCCCAAGUCUCAUUUCAACUUAAUGUUUAAUAAACCACACAGAGAAAAGAAACAGAGUACUUUUGUGGGAGGGGGAGCAGAAGAAGACAGAGGGAUCAACCGACCAAAAACUAGAAACCUUUGUAACAACAACAAAAACAAGCGACUCCAAUUGUUGGUAUUCAACUGCAAAACCAUCAAACUCCCCUCUCGAAAACCUUAUAUAAACCUCCAAGCCAUGGCUCACUCAUUUCAACAAAACAAAGCAGCACAGCAAGCAAGUUCAUUCUGCAUUCAACUUCCUUUUUCCUCUUCUCUUCUGUUGUGAAAUCUAAGUGCAAAAAUAAUGGCAAAGAAUGUAGCUCAAUCUCCCCUGGAGACCAGCAUGUCUUCACUUGACCAAAGGUUGGCCAUGGCCAAGCGUUGCUCUCAUGAGGGAGUGGUUGCAGGAGCAAAGGCAGCUGUCCUUGCUAGCAUUGCUACUGCUAUCCCAACUGUAAGUUCCUUUGCUAGUGCAAGAAUGCUUCCAUGGGCAAGAGCUAAUCUCAAUCACACUGCCCAAGCUCUCAUAAUCUCCACAGUUGCUGGAGCAGCCUAUUUCAUAGUCGCUGACAAGACUGUCCUAGCUACAGCAAGGAAGAACUCAUUCAAGCAUGCUUCCAACAAUUGAAGAAGCAUGGAUUCUAGUUUUUACUGUGAUCAAUUACGUGAGAUUCAUCUACUGUGGUGGAUAAAUAAGAUGAGCUUCACGUAUGAAGCUAAGACAAAUAUGUAUCCAGCAAUUGGAGUAAUCAAAUGGGGAACAAAGUUAGUUUACUUACUUGGUUUACCAAUAGUCGUUACACAAACACCGGCCAUCUCUGAAAUGAUGGGACGGAUUUCUGUCUCUAGCAAUGAUUCCUCUAUUAAAGAUCUUUGAAAUCAGCUUAGUUGCAGAGUGACAGUUUACACAAACACGCAGAUUCUUCACUAUAUUUAUCAUAGUCCCCGACUUUGUACUGAUCAACCCAAAAGGUAAGCAAUCGCCAGCUUCUCACGGUGAUGGCUCAUGACCUCUUCUUUCCAUUCCUCGUCCAUAUUAUACAACACCUCGGAAGCAUCGAGCACGAAAUCAGAUUUCUCCAAUGCCUCAUCUAUCUCAUCCAGCAACUAAUAGAAUUCGUCACUAUGAGAAUGUGUCUUGUCGCCAACUAGAAACUCAUGAACAAUACUAUCCAUAAAACUACAACAGGGCACUUUCUUCAUUCCUCUAUCGUUUAUCCUAGUUCUUAUUCUCGCCAAAUCAUCCCAUCUCCCAGCUCCUGCAUAGAUAUUCGACAAGAGCACAUAAGCCCCAGUGUUUUCAGGCUCCAACUUGAGAACACGCUAGGCAGCCAAUUCGGACAACUCAACUUGCCCAUUAAGUCUACACGAUCCAAGCAGAAUCUCAGAUUGCACCACUGGGGUCAUUUCUAUAUUGUUUAUCAGUCUCUCUGCUCAUCAAACAACCCUGCUUCGCCUAGAAGAUCUAUCAUGCAGCCAUAGUGUGGCAAUUUAGGACUAAAGUUGUGAUCUUGCACCAUUGAAGUAAAGUACUUCCGUCCUAGAUCUACCCAACCCCCAUGGUUACAAGCAGAUAGUAAACUGACGAAGAUGAUGUCAUCUCGUGCAAACCCUUCAUGUGUCAUUAUGGAGAAGAGCUCGAGUGCCAUGCCAGGAAGCCCGUGCAUAGCAAGCCCAAAUAUCAUUGCACUCCAAGAAGCCAAGAUUUUAGUUUCCAUGGCAUUGAAGAUUUGUUUGACUGCCAUGGUAUGACCGCAUUUGGCAUACAUGUCAAUGAGGCUCGUCGAUAGAGCAUUAUUUUCU